UCGAGUCGCCGCUGGACAAGAUCGAGCCAUACCAGCUCUUCAGGGCAACAUUGCUAAAGAUGCAACAAGACCAACCCCAAUUUUACGCAAACCUCGCCAGCCACCUUUCUGGUGAGGAGCAAGGCCUCAUUCAGGACAUUAUUGUGAAGGCAGAAGAGGUAGCCCAGGCGCAGCUCCAAGCACAGCAGGCUGAGAUGAUUGCUCCGCAUGCCGCCGCUAAUGGCGGUGCCAACUGAAAGCGAGCGAUUUGUGAUUCAUAGGAUGGGAAACAUUGGAUGAAAGAACAUCUUGUAUGGAUGCUGCUUUGUGGGGACUCAUGCAAUUACAACCCAGUGUCUCGGGCAAGCAAGCGUUACUGUUUAUGAGGAGAUGAACUUGAUGAUAUUCCCCUGGCAUGAACUGAUACGAGAGUGGGAGAAGGUGGGAAAUGAAAAAAAGAAGAAGAGAGAAAAAAAAAGAGAGAAAAAAAAAAGAAAAACGGCAGCAGAGGCAAACGAGGAAAAAAAGAACUCUAGACAAUGCAAAAAGCGGCUGAUGAGGGAGAGGACUAUUGAAGAUGGCGGAGGAAUGAAAGGAGAACAGCCGAAACCCCCCCCCCCCGGCGUAAUGAAAGGUAAGUCUUGCAGAAGGAAGGCAACAUGGCUGCUGUGAUUUGAGCAGUAGCGCAAGAGGAAAGAUUAUUUGGAUGGGGAAUUUAUUUUUAUUUAUCAUUUUUUCCGUGACUCAGGCGCAGGCUGGUGAUUUGCGGCCAUUUCGAAAGAGCACAUAAGGCAUUGGCAGACGGUGUUGAUGUGCGCCUGAUUAUACAGAGAGGAGGGCACAAUCAAGUAUGUAGUAGGUAGCUCGAUAGGUACACAGAUGUAUGCAUCGCGCAUCGUAUGUGCAAAUUAGUAUUUAUAUUCACAGGCAGCGCGUCAACAACCAGGAGAAGGGUUUCAAUUGUGUUGAGUUGCAGUUGUCGUUGAGGUCUGUUAUCAACAACUGAUAAGCCAUCAACAGCGGCCGCUUCGGCGGGCUCCGACCGCAAGAGCCACUGUUCACCGGGCUCAUCCCCACUGUAGGCCACUAGAAGCUCGGA